AUGGAAGAAAUUGAUAAUACUUCACUUGCUAUUAACAGACGCAUACAAGCAAUUCAAGAAAAAAUAUACCAAGGCGAGAGUGAUAACGAUUUUGAAGUAAGGUCAACUGAUUCUCAUCAAUCAGGGUCACAUAAUCUUGAGUUUUUUGACGAUGAAUGGCAUCCAGUUAUUGAACAAGUAGAUGAAGGCCACUUCGAUGAAUCUAUGCGUCUGAUAGAAGAAAUUUACAAAAAAUUAGUUGAAGAUAAAGCAGAAAAAUCCCUUCUAAUCGAUAAAGCCGAUAGGAAUUAUGUUGACAGUAAAAUUAAAGAUGUAGAGGAAGAUGUUUAUAUCGCACUAAAGCAAAAAGUUGAAGAAAUUUAUUUACCUGUCCAAGAUAGAAUUGAUCAGAUGAGAAAUAAUGCCGAUGCAAUACAUCAGUAUUUUACACAAACAUCAUUAACAAUUAGAAAAGAACUAACGGCUUUACGUAAGAAAUAUGAGCAAAAAGAUGAGCCUGAAGCACCUAAAAUCCAUCCUAUAUCUUCACCACCACAACAUUUUCAAAAACCACGUUCAAAAACAGAGCCAACAUGUGCGGUACUAAGUUCUCCUUAUAAAAGACAAAUGCCAUAUCAUUCACCUUUGAAACAAAAGAAGAAAGUACCUGUUCCAGAGCUUCCAGAGCUCAUGAUAUCACAUCAUGAUAUUUAA